GCGUCAAAACUUGGCUUAUUUUUUAUUUUAAUGUCCUUGAUAGAUAUUAAUAUAGAUAUUUCAAAUGAUAUUUCAUGGAUUAUGGCUUGAGGGAUAAGAUAAUGAGUAUGAAAUGAGUGUACAACAUUUUCUGGUAUUUUUGGAGGAACCAUGAUCAAUGUAAUUUUAUCAUGAAACUGGAUUCCUCGUGGCAACUUGUCUCCUUUCUCUUGCUGCUCAUUGGAAGAACCUGGGGUCAGAAUACAAGCACAACUACGAGACAAAAUUAUACGAAAGAUGUCAAACCAACAAGUAGACAACAAGUUCCAUAUAAUUUCGAUCUGGUCAAUAAAAAUGGAAGUUCAACUCUCAUGUAUUCUCAACCAAAUGACGUCGUAAAUGGCGGUUUCACGGAGUGGUCAGCUUGGUCUGAAUGCAACAGUCGUUGUGGCAAGCGGUCUCUAAAGUCACGUGAGAGAUACUGUACCAACCCCUCUCCCUCAAGAGGCGGUGCUGACUGCAAUGGGGAAAGAUUUCAACUGGACUUGUGUAAGCUCGUUCCCUGUCCUCAUGCGGUCACCUCUAGUCCGAGAUUACGUCAUGUGAUUGGUAAGUUCGGGCAGUGGUCAGGUUGGAGCAGGUGUGAUUGUGAGAUGGGUUAUCAGAAACGAUACAGAGAAUGUUUCAGUCACAAACACGGGCCUUGUGUUGGUCAUGGAAUAGAAAAAAGAGCGUGUAAACCCACAGGAUGUAAAACACCAGCUGCGGAGAAGUCCAGCUUAGUAGACAUAGAUCCAAAACAGUUCUGUGGCUUCAACCCGUGCGAUAUUUCAAAAUGUCUCCUUGCGCCGCUCGGCUCUUGUGUCAGUGAUUACAAAUGUCGUCCAGUAUUUUUUGACGAAAAUAAUAAGAGGAUUCAAGGAUGCGUAGGCCAGCAUAUUUAUAUAACUCCUGCACAAGUGCCUCAGGUUUGUAAGAUCAAUCCCUGUGUCUUCACGCGUUGCUUAAUGGACUUCACGGAAGAACGAUGCGUUGUUGGAACGAGAUGUCAGGCGGUUUAUUACAGCGCUAGUGGACAGCCACAGAAAUGUACAGCUGUGCUCAAGAUUCCAGCUCAUCAGGUGUGCGGCUACGAUCCUUGUAAUGGCGAAUCCUGUGAAGACAAUCCAAACGCCAGGUGCCUCGUAACAACGCGAUGUCGUCCAGUGUUUGUGAACUCUUUCAACGAACGAAUUCGCAAAUGCGAAGAGGAAGUGGCUUCGAAGAACAACAGGAUUGAAGAAGGUCGGGAUGAAGAAUUUGAGGCCGAGCCUGAUGAUGAAGAUGAUGAUCAAGAUGAGGAGAGUGAUGAUCAGGAUGAUGACGAUAAUCGAUCGCUUUACGAUGAUUAUGAUCGCAACGAUUCGGAGGAUAAUGAUGAUGAUGAGUACGAUAGUAAUCGAUAUUCGUACCCGAAGCAUUUUCAUGGCGUGGAACGUGAUGAUAGUGAUGAGUUAGUUCGUCCUGAAGUUGAUCAAGGCAGCAGCGAAGAUGGUGAUGAAGACGACGAAGACGCUGACAGAAACCUAGAUGAUUUCAAGAAAAAAUUGGCCAACGCUGAAACUAAUCGUCCACAAGAGCAUUCUGAACAGCACACGAGGCCGCAAACACCAAACGCGAACAUGUUAGAGAAUACAAAAAACUUCUCAAAUCCAUUGUUGAAAUUAUUGAACGUGGAAAACGGAGACAGAAGGUCAAAGAAACCUCACAAAGUAACCUCGAGUAUCAAUCCUUCUUCGUUCAAUCUCCAGGAUCUCGUGAGCGGGAAAUUGGACAACUCUAGCGGAUUAGUCGUUGGAACUGUCAAAAAAUCCAUGAAAAUUCUUUCGAAUAAAAAACCAACGACGUAUUAUUAUUUUGAAACGAAAGGAAAGACACAUAAAGACAAUCGACAAUUCAUGGUCAUAACUGCUCCAAAAACCAAGAAAUCUUCAGUCCAUCCGAAAAGUACAAGAAAUCGUCAAAAUUGAAUUGCAGAGUCGAAGCAAUUAAACUAGUGUAAAAUUUAACUUUGAACUGUGAAUUUUAAUCGUUAACUGCAUGUAUUAAUCAAAUAUUGAUGAAGCCAUAAUCAGACUGAUAUAUGCUGUGCGAUGCAGUAAAAACAUGCGAUUUUAUAUAUCUAAAAAUGAAGAAUAUACCUAUGCUUGUAAUUAUUUUUGUAUUAACGCAUUUUUAAACCGGAUCUAUUCAGAAUAAUGAUAUGUAAUAAUUUAUCGCUAACUUAUCAAGUAAUUUAAAUCAAAUAAUAAUGAUGAAAA